AUGCCGAUCUCGUGGGUCACCCCCCUUUAUCUUUUGUUUGACCCUGGAAGUCCUUUCCCCGACCCGGCCGACCGUUGCGGUGCGCACCUGUCGGACCCAGCCUUGAUGGAGUCCAGGGACCGACAGGCUGCUAUCGCCAUUGCCAAACGGGGAUGCAACGUGGACAGGUGCUUGCUCGGAAUAUCUCCUGGCGGCAUGGGUCAGAGCUUGUACUCUCUUCAUUUGUCGGAGAUGUACAAACAUAACCACGUCUGCUUCGACCCCAAUAUCUGGUACCUGGACGAGGAACUUCGCAAGCAAGUCGAGACUUUCGCAAGAUCCUUCAUCAUGACAGGACAAGAGGCACCAGAGAGCAACAAGAAGCUUCACAUUGUCCUCUACAAAAAGACUAUUUCCGCUGAUGGAAUCAUGGGGCGCAAGCCGUGUGGAUACAGCACCAAGAUGUUCCAUACAGUUGGAUGGGCUAGGCUCGAAGUCAACCGGAUCAUGAAGUUUACAGGCGUCGGCAACAGUACGUUCAACUCCAUGUUCCGAUGUGCCCUGGUGUGGAAAGCAAAAGCUCGUUUUAUCCACAAGAAGUUUCUCAUUGCUUAUGAGGAUCAUCAGCUUGACGGCAUCUUCGAAGCAGACCCGAGUCUCAACAAGAUUAGUGCCACGGGGGGGAUGGACAUCUUACAGACGGUGUUAUGCGAGCCGCUUGUGGUCUACCAGUUCGACAACGCGGAGCGACAGGAGACAGACACCACUCGGGAUAACGUGCGAGAGUACAUCAUGCAUCAGAUGCUUGACAAAGGCCUGGAAAGCAUGACCUUCUACGAGUUCAAGAAGUUGAAGCUCGAUGCAAAGGUGAUUGCACUCAUGCCGCCCAAUCUGGCAGGAUGGUUCUGUGCUGCUCGUCUCAAGAGAGUCCAGAGACUUCUCCGCAAGGCCUGCAUAGCCAAGAAAAGGUCCUUGCGCAUUCAGCUGCGGGACAAAGAGGGCAGACUUCUAGCGGGAGUAGAGGAGGCGCAAAUCGCAGGAUUCCUUCGUCAAGUCUUUGGCAGUCAAGCCAUCAAGGAAGCUCCGAAGUAUGCUGACUUUCAGGCCGUUCAGUUUGAGCAACUAGAGUUACUGCAAGCUCUCAAACGGCUGGGGGCCAACAAGGCUCUUCCCUCCAUCUUUGCACCAGCCAGCCUGUGGAAACUGGUCUGUCGUAUUACCGCAGACCUGAGCGGAUGGGGAGGGCAACUGGAGUCAAUUGUCGGGGCCGUCUUGCGAGAAGGUUGGCCGGAGCUGGAGAAGCAGUGCAUGCUGCUUGAUAGCGAGAUUCGACUCAUGUGGGAUACCAAGAGACGCGAAGCUGCUAACUCCGGAACAUGGACGCAUGCCAUGUUGGAGUUUUUGUUCAAUGGGUACCAAGUGAUGCCCGGUAACAUGACCGGGGAACUGGAUGCAGCUGUUGCACUGAUUCAUCAACUUGGGAAUGUGGAGGUUUACCGCACGGAGUGGUGUAUAUAUGCCUCACGGGAAGAUGUGGCUGGGUCCAUCGAUCUUGUACUGAAAUCCAGCGAAGACGAAACCUUCUAUCUCGUUGAUUGGAAGCGAAGUGAGAAACUUCAAGUUAAGUACAAUGGGUUCGACCGUUACAUGAAUCCGCCUCUACAGAACAUUGCGGAUUGUCACGGAUACCAUUCCAGAUUGCAACUCAACAUGUACAAGUGGAUACUCCAGACGUAUUAUGGCAUCAAAGUCCUGGCCAUGAAAGUCGUGUGUGUUCAUCCCAGGUACCUGCCUGGAGGCUUCGUGGACGAUGUGCUGGACCUACAAGAGGAAGUCGGCAAACUCACGCAAUGCCUUCGAGACCAUCGACUCGCCAGGGCGCCUCCUACUGAACUUGCAGACAUGCAGCCCUUUGCUGUGGAAUUGCCAUCGCAAAGAUCACAUCCUGAUGAUCGGGAGCAAUGGCUUGAGGAGAUUAUGGACGAAGAAGAAAAUGUUGUUCCAGCGGCAGCCAAGAAGCGACGUCUUAUACCAGGAGUUGAUACACAUGUUCUUCGAUUUCAGAACCUUGUCGCCAGGUCUCAUACCAUUUUGUCCGACACACGGGAUGCUCUUGCGAAGGAUGUGUGUUCGCUGCCCAACAGCAUUUUGCACAACGCGAAUGAGAUGCUUCGUCAACUACAGCAGAACUUUCCCAAUAUAUCAGAUGAGAUCCGGCGGCUUAUACUUGUCGCGGCGCAUUUAGUUGAGGGCAAAAUCUCUGACAAGCCUAUGCUCGCAGAUGCAGCUGUUCUCACGUGGAUGGUCGGAUCGCGCCACAUGCGAGUGCAUCGGGGGUUCCUCUACAUAUACGACGAUGAUGGAUGCUUCCUUCCGUUUGGCGGAAUCCCGCCUGAGGCUGUGCUCCAUCGUGUACACCACUUCUUCGUGUGGCUAGAAGAUCUACAGACGUUUGAAUCGGAGCCGGAGCAAGAAUUUCUGUCAGCUUGUCGUGCAGCUACCAACCGACGACUGCGGAACCAGAUUGGAUAUUGCAGACAAAUGCUGGAAGCUGUCCGGCACAGUGGGACUGGAAUUGAUGCAAACAAGGAUGAUAUCCUUGCUGGUGGAAUGGUGAAGAUUCCACAUCCUUUGCUGGAUCCCGUACUCCAGACACACACAGAUCGUUUGGAGAAGUUCUAUGCGCAGACGUUUUGGUGCAACGUGGAAGUUUUCAGAUGCUGUCAGGCUGCCGUCGCCAUUGCCAAACGGGGAUGCAACGUGGACAGGUGCUUCAUCGGAAUAUCUCCUGGCGGCAUGGGUCAGAGCUUGUACUCUCUUCAUUUGUCGGAGAUGUACAAACAUAACCACGUCUACUUCGACCCCAAUAUCUGGUACCUGGACGAGGAACUUCGCAAGCAAGUCGAGACUUUCGCAAGACCCUUCAUCACGACAGGACAAGAGGCACCAGAGAGCAACAAGAAGCUUCACAUUGACCUCUACAAAAAGAUUAUUUCCGCUGAUGGAAUCAUGGGGCGUCGACAAAGUACGUUCAACUCCAUGGUCCGACGUGCCCUGGUGUGGAAAGCAAAAGCUCAUUUUAUCCACAAGAAGUUUCUCACUGCUUAUGAGGAUCAUCAGCUUGACGGCAUCUUCGAAGCAGACCCGAGUCUCAACAAGUUCCUGACCACAUCUCAGGCUUCCAUGGGCAUUCGAAAAAGACCACAACAAGGCGGUCUUGCAAAUAUGCUGGAAGCGGACGCCGACAGCGAGGCGGAGCGACCGGAGAAAGACACCACUUGGGAUAACCUGCCAGAGUACAUCAUGCAUCAGAUGCUUGACAAAGGCCUGGAAAGCAUGGCCUUCUACGAGUUCAAGAAGUUGAAGCUCGAGGUUAACCUGUCCCUGCAUCAAGACCCAUCCCUUGCAGUCCGUUUCCAACAGCAGGAGGAAGCCAAAAGCCCCUCCCCCUGCUUCGGCGCCGCAACCGGAUGGUUCCGUGCUGCUCGUCUCAAGAGAAUCCAGAGACUUCUCCGCAAGGCCUGCGUAGCCAAGAAAAGGAACCUGGUUGAUGCCUUGUUGCAGGAAGCUGAAGCUCCGAAGUAUGCUGACUUUCAGGCCGUUCAGCUUGAGGAACUAGAGUUACUGCAAGCUCUCAAACGGCUGGGGGGCAACAAGGCUCUUCCCUCCAUCUUUGCACCAGCCAGUCUGUGGAAACUGGCUCCGCAACAAGUUGUCCCGGCACUUCUCCCCACCAUGAAUCAGGCCUCCACAUGCAUGGACCCAAGCUGGCAUGAUGUCCAACUCCACCUCAUCGCCAUCACCAACCAUGGACAUCCCAUCAUGCAAGCCGGUGCGAAUGAAGCGAAAACCCUGUCCCCGCGCGAACGGUGUGCCAUCACCAUCCAUGGAUAUCCCAUCACGCAAGCCUGUGCGAAUGAAACGAACCAGCUCGAAGUCAACCGGAUCAUGAAGUUUACAGGCGUCGGCAACAGUACGUUCAACUCCAUGUUCCGAUGUGCCCUGGUGUGGAAAGCAAAAGCUCGUUUUAUCCACAAGAAGUUUCUCAUUGCUUAUGAGGAUCAUCAGCUUGACGGCAUCUUCGAAGCAGACCCGAGUCUCAACAAGUUCCUGACCACAUCUCAGAACGUGCAAGAAGGUCUUGCAAAUAUGCUGGAAGCGGACGCCGACAGCGAGGCGGAGCGACAGGAGACAGACACCACUCGGGAUAACGUGCGAGAGUACAUCAUGCAUCAGAUGCUUGACAAAGGCCUGGAAAGCAUGACCUUCUACGAGUUCAAGAAGUUGAAGCUCGAUGCAAAGGACCACCCCAAUCUCUCAAAAAGUACUGGGAUAACCUGCUGA